AUGGUAAAAGAAGAUAGAGAACGUAAGCGCUAAUAGAGAGAAUAGGACGUUAUGAAAUCUGAAUAGGCUGAAAAGAAAAAGAAACUCUUCAGCUAUAGUUCAUUCAUAGAGUUCUUGAGAAAUAAUAACUUGAGAGAAACAAACAUCAUCCUAGGUUAGUCCAGAUUCAACUUAUUCAAUGGAAGACAGUUUGCAGAAAUACUAGAAAGACAUCACAAUGAAAUAGUUGAAAUACUUAAAGAUUACUAUGAUGAUGAAUCAGAGGCAUUAGAAGGCAAAAAAAGAGUUAAUCUUGUUAACUUCCUUAUACAAGAACAUAUUAUUGUUAAAGUCGAAUAGACAGUAUAAAAAUCGAAAAUAAAAACUAUCACUGACAUGUACACAGCUAGCAAGUAAUAACAAGUUGAAGAAGAUUCUUAAAUUAUAUCUGGAUUCUUUGUUUUUAAUCCACACAUUAAAGUCUAAUCCAAAAAAAACUACGUCUAUAUGAUCCUUAUUCUUAUUGGCAUUGCCCUCAUCAUCCUCUUUCCCGUCUGGCCUAUUUCCAUCAAAAAGCUUAUUUUCUAUAUCUCUGUAGUCAUGCUCUUUGUAUUACUUGGUUUGAUCUUAGUCAGAACAUUUUUAUACUUUUUAGUUAGAAUUUUCGGAUUCGACUUCUAUAUCUUCCCUAAUCUCUUUGCAGAUGUAGGAUUUUUAGACUCAUUCAAGCCUAUUAUUUAACUUGAUUAAUGUAAUGAUAGCAAAUUGGAGUUACUUUUUAGAUUUGUAGGUUUCUUUAUUAUGGGUUAUGUUAUCUAUAUCUUAAGCAUAGAGAGACAUUCAGUUAAAUAAUUCAGUACAGCAACAUUUGAUGAUAUCAUAGAUUGGGGAUACCAAAAACUUGAAUAUGUUUAGCCUGAAGCUCCUCACAAUAGUAUCUUACAUGAAAUUGAAAAGGAAGAUUUAGAAGAAAGAUUAAAGUAACAAAAUUAAAAUUAAGAGCAACAUGGCACAUAAUUUGAUGAACCUCAAAAUGAUGAGCAACAUGGAACAUAAUUUGAUGAACCUCAAAAUAAUGAUAAUUGA